GGCAGAUGUGCGAGGGCUGGCGGCCAAAGGGUGAUUCAGUCUGGCUUGCUGGAAGUUUCAGGUGAUGUUCCAAAGUCGACUCAUGAGUAAUCUCUGAGUAGAUUUAAACAGAAUGAGUCUGCUGGACCAGCCCUAUCGGAGUCCAGAGUCCCGCGGGGCGGACAGGGGGCCGAGGAGCCGCCGGAGCUUUUGCGCAGCUUCCGCCGGGUGCUGCUCUGUGGGGAGGAUGUAACGCGGCUUAUGCUUCCUUUAGAGAUCCUUUCUGGAGCUGAGAGUUUGCUUUACUGAUAUCUUAAACUAAAAUAAUGGGGCGAUAGGAGGGGGUGGUACUGGGGAGUGUUGUUCCAAACCGUUAAUUGGAAAUUACUACUACAACGUAUUAAAAGGAUGCCAUCAAAUUUCAUGUCACUUUGUAAAAUAAAGCUUUAUCUCCUUGCUUCACAGAAGGUCUUUGAGACUGUAUAACAGGCUUUUUGCACAGAAUUCAGAACCCAGUCAUCCAGUUAGGCUAUCCUAAAAUAUUUCUUUUUCUCCCUGCUCUAUUUAUACAAAGUAACUGAAACAGCAUUGUAAAGUUAGGGGAAAACAAUAAAAAGGUUUUUUCCUGAUACACAAAGAGAAAGUAUAGAAAGGCUUUUUCAAACGAGAAGUAAAGAAUUUCAGGCAGUACGGGUAGAUGCAGCCGAGCAUGGUACGUUUCCUUAGGCAGCGCUGGUCAGUCGCGGAGCGGUCCCGUUGGAAAACUCCUCCCGGGAGAGCUGCCCGAAGGCGCUGCCCGGCAAUCCCGUGGCCUUGGCAGACGCUCAGCCUGCGCUCAGGUUUCCGUUCUGUUGAGCUUUCGGUGUCCCGGAGUUCCUGCCUGGGUGUGGAGUAUCCAGUGUUUGUCCUGCCGGGCCGCCUGCGGAGAGAUUGGGUGGGAGCAGGGAUGAGGUUUGUGAUAUUAAAGUUACUGCUGGGGAAGGAACGGGACCUUUAACAGCGGUCACCGAGUACCUCGCCCCUGAGUGCAAGAGCGCAGUUUUUGCUGGCACUUGAGUACAGCACUGCGAUGCGUUCAGUGCAUUUUUUAAACAGUAGUUCUGUGACCAAAUGUAGAAAGUUUGACCAGAGGGCUUUGAGCACUGACCAGCACAUUCCAAGCCUAAUGAUUCAUGCUCACGGUUUAAAACCGAGGCUGCAGGUUUGCAGUUCAGUUGCAUAUUAGUCUUUCUUGCAACUGCCUUGCUGUGUCUUUUUAAAACUUGAGAGAAGGAUUUGAGUAGUUCACUAUUUGACAAGUAAUUAAAAGAGGUCACUGGAUUUGAUGCUUAUUUGAGCUGACAGAGUAGAAGCUGUGGCAUAGCUGGCAGAUUAGCAGUUCUCUAUGAGAUAAUUCUCUAUGGAUUCAUACCUGCUGCUAACUGCUGCUUUAUUUGCCCAGUGUGGAUUCUGGGUGAGUUCAGACAGGUGAGGGGGUUUGGGAAUGGUCUGCAUCCCCUACAAACCAAACAUUUUAAAGAUUUUUGUCUAAGCUGAUGAUGUCUAAGCUGACACAAGCUGUGGGCACUGCCUGCAUCCCAAGAAGUCCAGCUGUUGAGAUGCCAGUAUAUGAGUUCCUCUGUCAUGAGCUGUCUGAUGAGCAGUUCUUGUUCCUUUCCCCAUGGAAAGCAGGUAAAUUCAGGGUGGAUUUUUCAUUUCAGCCUUCUUACACUGUAGGAACUGCAUGUAACUUCUGGGGCAGCCACGGCAGGCAUGUCAGCAGCUCAGCAGGACUCGGGUAUGGGCAUCCUGGUGAAUGUAAUGAGGGAAGUAGAACAGAACUUAAGAGAAACUUCUUAGCUGCACACAGUUUUUUUAAGAGGUGGAGAAAAAAAAGUUGUAACACUCAUGUUUUCCCCUUCCUGGAGAGGAAUCUCUCUUCCCCACAUUUUUUGUUUUGGACUGAAGGGUGGUACUACCCCCUUCAUCAGGCUGUAAAACAUUUCAGUGUCUGGGUUUUUUUCAGGAGCAGGUCAGCUGUUUAUCUGGGUACAUGCUUCCUUAGAAUCAUGGUUACUCAGCUGAGAAUAAUUCCUUAAAAGUUUUUUUGAGGGAUAAAAUUGAUUUUUACUGGAAGAGCUUGUGGGUUAUCUCCCUUAUCCUGAAGGGAAGAGCACUGAAGUAGAUGUGAUGUGUUUGCUCUCUCUCUGCAAGGGUGAAGGUUGCACAGGAGGAGAUGGGAUGGGGAGCAGGGUUCCACCCAGGCUGCAGGAGCUGCUGGGUUGGGUGCUCUGCUGCUUCUGCCCAGCUCCAAAGGAAUUCUCUCCCCACAGUUCUGUGAACACACGUGUUCAGUGUGAACAAUAAUUUUGUCUUGGUCAGAUGAAGUUUCUUUUGAAACAAUGUUGUAGAUUUAGCUUGUUGCUGUUUAAAAUUAAGUAUUUACUAAUUUCUAAUGUUCCCAAAGUAGCUUCCCUGUGCUCCUUGUUGCUUUUCUUUGAAUUUUGGUAGGAUUUUGACUAACUGCUUUCAGCAUUUUACUAUACAGAUGGCAUCGUUUUUGUUGUGUAGGAGUUUCUUGUGCCAGCCAGAGAAAGACUAAAUGAUAUUUUAAGUAGGAAAACAAAAAGAGUUGGCACAGGGCUCAGGGAGGAAGGAGUAUGUUUUGAGUGCUUUCACUGAUCUUAAAUUUCCCUUCUUUCAGUUAGCUGGGUUUCUUUUUUAAUUUGCAGUUGUUAAAAUUCAGCUUGUAUAAUGUGCACAGAGGUCUUGGAACUUCUUGACACACAGAAUACCAUAUAGAGGUUUUCUACCCGAGAAAAAUAUUCUCAUACAGGAUCUCCAGAGGUGUUUCUAGGGAGUAUCUGUAAUGUUUGGAGUUGAAGGCAAAUCAAAAUACACAAUUACUGCUUGAAUAUUUUCCUUUUGAGGCCUGGCUGGGAUGCCAUUUGCUAGUUAAUUCUAGCUUUUCCUGCUGGUCCUCCCACUCCUCCUGCCUUAUCCCUAUUACAAUACAAGCCUUUCCCUCAAUCAGAGCAACAGUGCUCUUUUUCAUCCACUCUGUUAGCCACAGUUUUCACAGUGCAAAUGAGGAGGGGGGUUUUUGUUUGUUUUGAACCCAGAUUUAGCAGAAAGCAGAAGUGAAAUGGAACCACUAGAGAGUCAGCUCUGAAACUGUUCUGAGUAUUUGGUUUAAUCUUGAGGUGAGAUGUAGCUGACUUCCACUUCUUGAAGCAGGACUCCCUUAACAAUCCAAACCCAGCCACAGGAGAUUAAGAAAAUCUAUGUUUGAGGUGUGUUCUGUAGGAUUAAAGAGGGAAAUUUCUCUGUAUACUUAGAAUCUUAGAUAGAAACAGUGCAGCCUUUGGUCUUUAAAAAUCAAACCAGCUACCAAACAGUUUCCUACUGUUUUGUAUUUAAGUUCUACUGGACAUAAAAACUGUGACAGUACUUAAAGUCACAUAAUGGACACAUAACACUUUUAUACCCAAUUCUCAAGCUGGCCCUAAAACUGGCUUUUUUUUGUAUGUAUCUGGUUAUUUGUAGAAAAAUGUCCAUUACCUGUUCCCUUAACUGAGUGUUUUUAGAUGGAAGGAGAUUUCUGUAGAUGGAUAUUUGUGUCUGGCAAGAGUUGUAAAAUAGAAAGACAUUCCAUUCCGUUCUGUUUUGUUCUUUACAAGCUGGACACUAAGUGCAGGAAGGGAUUUUUGGUGCCCAAGAGUCCAGAACUCUUAGCAGCAGCUGCUGCACUGCAGAAUUGAAGCUGGGAGUUAUCUCCUCCUCCUCCUCCUCCUCUUCUCCGCCCCACUCCUCCUCCCAGCCUUGCAUUCAGGCUGGUGCUGGGAUGAGCUGUGCAAGGCCAGCUGGCUGCUCCUCUCACUAGAGCAUUGCUGCCCAGCAGCCUGGGACAGACUGCAGGGUGUUUUUUGGGGAAUUGGGCUUCAAUGGCCACCCGGACUAGCAAGAAGCAAGGACUGCUCAUAUGGACAGCUCAUUUUUAUCGUGUGCAGAGUCGGCUUUGUAGUGGGAUGUUGAAAUAUGACACAAUGCCUGUUUGUUUGCAAUAGCUGCAACUCUCGUAGCAGAGAUUCAAGUGGGAAACAGAGAGGGAAUCCAGAGACAAACCAGCGGGGGAUUUAGGAACUGUGACGCCGUGUCCUCUCUCCUAUACCGGAGCAAGCAAAGGAAAGAGAGGUAGAGGAAAAAAGACUGAGCCUUGCAACAGCCGUCACCCUGACGAUGUGUCAGUCAAACACCCUGCAGGGACCAGAGCUCCACACAGGGAAAUGGCUGCGUUCAGGGAACGGCGGCAGCAGCAGCUGUGCCGGGGACCAGCACCCACAGCUGGAGAGUCCAGGCCCAGCUGGCUCUGCUGGUGGGACACCAAGUAGGAGAACUCGUUUCAGGUUGCAAUUCCCCCAGCUGGCCCUGAGGCGAAGGUUGGGCCAGCUGAGCUGUAUGUCUAGGCCUGCUCUGAAACUCCGUUCUUGGCCUCUGACUAUUCUCUAUUACCUUCUGCCUUUCGGUGCUCUUAAACCCUUGACCAGAGUGGGAUGGAGGCCUAUGAGCAGGGUUGCCCUGUACAAGUCGGUCCCAACGCGGCUGCUCUCGCGAGCCUGGGGCCGCCUGAACCAGGUGGAGCUGCCCACGUGGCUGCGGAAGCCGGUGUACAGCCUGUACAUCUGGACCUUCGGGGUGAACAUGAAGGAGGCAGCUGUGGAGGAUCUGCAUCACUACAGGAACCUCAGCGAGUUCUUCCGCAGGAAGCUGAAACCACAGGCACGGCCGGUCUGCGGCGUGCACAGCGUGAUUAGUCCCUCUGAUGGAAAGAUCCUGAAUUUCGGACAGGUAAAAAAUUGUGAAGUGGAGCAAGUAAAAGGAGUUACUUAUUCUCUGGAAUCUUUCUUGGGACCUCGCAUCUCCACAGAGGAAAUGCAUUUUAGCCAGGCCCCAGCUGGUAACUCUUUUCAGAAACAACUGGUCACAAAGGAGGGGAAUGAGCUCUACCACUGUGUAAUUUACCUUGCACCAGGGGAUUAUCACUGCUUCCACUCGCCCACGGACUGGACAGUGUCACACCGACGGCAUUUCCCAGGCUCUCUGAUGUCUGUCAAUCCUGGAGUUGCUCGCUGGAUCAAGGAACUGUUCUGCCACAAUGAACGGGUUGUCCUUACAGGUGACUGGAAACAUGGCUUCUUCUCAUUAACAGCUGUAGGAGCAACAAAUGUGGGCUCCAUCCGCAUCUACUUUGACCAGGACUUGCACACGAACAGUCCAAGUUACUCUAAAGGUUCCUACAACGACUUCAGCUUCAUAUCCAACAACAACAAGGAGGGAAUCCCCAUGAGGAAAGGGGAACAUUUAGGGGAAUUUAACUUAGGUUCUACGAUUGUACUAAUCUUUGAGGCACCCAAGGACUUCAGAUUCAACCUCAAAGCUGGACAGAAAAUCCGCUUUGGAGAAGCACUGGGCUCUCUAUAGGAACUGUCUCAGAAGGAAGAUUUUCUAUAAAAAGGGACUCUAUUCACACCACUGAGUGUUUCACUUAUCAACUUUGUAUCACUCAGCAGGACCUGGGUGAGGAGGAAGAAAGAUGUCACUGCUGCAUUAAACUUGAAAAUAUUUGGUCUACAUUUACCUGCUGCUGAAUGUAGAAACUGAAUUGAAUGAUCAUGGAUGUAUCGGGUACAGCUGCCUUUAAAGAUGUUGCCCAUGGUGGUUUCAGGCCCACCCUGUGCCUGUAGUCUUUCAUGUUCUCCCCUGAAUGUGCCACAAGAUAAUUAUGUUCUUAGAGCCUCUAAGUCCCUUUUAAGCCUUCCUAGGCAGGUGCAGUAGGAAAGGGUGGAGGUAGAGAUUACCUGUAUUUAAAGGGACACUGACAGGCUGAGUCAGACCUUGGACCUUGUAUCUACAGAAUCUGUUUUUCAGACCUUGAGUAAAGAAUAUAUUCUCAUAUUUAUUUUAUUCUAAGAAACCCCACCCAAAUUGCUAAAUAAAAGCAGUCUCUGAAUGCCAGAUGGCCAGACAGUGAAAUUUGCUGGUGUGGCUUCAUGGCCCAAACAAAGCAAAAUAUACAACAGUCAGUCAGUACAAUGAGUGACACUCAUCCCUCAUCCUGAGUUUUGUGCUGUUAGACAACUUUAGUUCUUUUGUCUGACAUUGUUGCUUUAAAAAUGGGCUUUGCACUGUAUUUUAAACCUGAAAAUAGUGUCUACAUUCCAGACAACAGAACUUGUCAUCUUGUGAUUUUCUCUCUUUUUUUUUUUUUUUUUUUUUAAGACAGACAAAACUGUGUCCUCUUCCUAAUCCAUGGUUUUAUUUUGCUAUUCCAGGCCUUAAGGUUUUUGUCUUUAUGAAAGACAGUUAACUUUACCUCUUGGAUUAAGGAGUUAGAAGACACAGGGCAUAUUUUUGCUGGGUGAUGUGAUGGCAACUAAAGUAUGCUUUUCCUUUCUGCUAUGUAUCUUGUUACUUUGUCACUAAAUUCUUGAAGAAUUAGUUCCUCUGUUAAAGAACAGCUUCAGCUACUUCAGGACCAAUUUUUAUUGUACAGAGUGAAAUGCCCUAUGCACUGACUGUGUUUAAAAUGUUUAUGGCUCUUCAAAGCAAUCCCAUGUUGCUUCCCAGGUGCCAAUCUGGCCCUUCCUUGACUGGGCAACAACUUCGUCUUAUUCAAAAUACAAAACAAAAAACCACACUGGCUCUGACUUGUACCCUCAUACUUAAUGCUAGGAAUGUGCUGGGGGCUGAAAUCUUUGUGCUGAAGCUUAAUCCACUGUAAAAUUUUAAAGCCUCUUUGUGACUUCACAUCAAGAAGAGUUAAAUCUAACACCUUGGAUCUACUGCAUGUGGCACUGACAAAAACCACUGCCAGAGUGAAGAGGAAUUGAGUUUUAAAGCAAUGUAUAAAUUGUUUUUUGAGAAUAAACUGUUUCAAGUCCCAGCACUCAAACAUGAUUUUGCUAUCCAGAGCUUGUUGGAGUGGACACGCUUAUGAAACCUGCCUUUGUGCUUUCUGAAAGAUUUCUCCUACUACUUCCUUGCUUGAGCUACUUUUCUGCUACUUCAAGGAGAUGACAGGCUUUGAUGAGCUCUGAUCUCCUAAAGAAACCUUCUUUGUAUGCACUGCAGAAAAUAGAAUCUAAUUUUGUUGUACAAAUGUCCAGUUUGCCAAGUCCUGUAUGCUUAGCUUGUCAUCAGGAAGGAAGGGAUGAUAAACUGCCUCUAAGUGAUGGAGCCAGGCAUGAGUCAGAUGAGGGUGGCUGUUUGGGUGACAAGCAGGAGAAAAUUCAUUUGGCUCCAGGAGUCAGUGUUUCCUCACACAGGGAGGAGUUUGAAAGCUUGAAGUGGCUCUCAGCCAUCUAUCUUGUUAAAGUUCUUGGUAUUAGCAAGUUUACUCCUGCAGCAGUAUAGUACCUGAUACAAGUCUUUUUAAACCUUUGAGAGUGAGAAAAGAGUAAGGCAAAUAUCAGCUCCAAGAGGAUAAAGUUAGGGUGAGCUUUUUGAUUAAACUUCAAUGUCAUGUUAACAAGAGAAAUCAAAUUUGUUCCAAUGGAUGAGAGAAGAAGACAACUGAAUCUUUUCCUUCUUUUCCACUGGGGUCUAUGACAUCCAGACAGAGCCAAAGGAAGUUUAAGCUUUAAUUUCUUCCUACUCAGCAGCAUCAUCCAUAGUAUCUGAAGGUACAUAUUAGCCUAGUGAUGGAGGAUGGGUUGCUUGAUGUUUGCUUUAUUAGAAAUCUCAGAAGGAAGAGAGGAUUCAGCAUGCAAGUGGCUGAUGUUAUGAUGGUUUUAAUACUGUGCAGAGCAAGCUAAUAAACCAUCAUUGCUUGUGAUGCAGGGGCCAGCAAUGCACCCCAGGAGUGAAAAAGUUCCUCGAGGGUACUGAUAAUGCUGUGAAUUUCUCCUGCAUGGAGAAUCCAUUUAAUUCAACUGUAUCAGUAGCACGGUAUUUUUGUAUGUCAAAGUGUAUGACUUACUGACAUGAACUCAUUUAAUUGCAAACAUUUUGAAAUAAAGAGUCUUAUCUGUGUUGCUUA